CAUCUGAAUCAGUUUCAUCCAUUUCUCAAUCUCAUUCAACUUUUGACAAGAAAAGCAUCUCAGUCCAAUCAGUUCAUCCACUUCAAAUUCAAAUGGUUUGCGAAAAGUGCAACAAAAAAUUAAGUAAAAAUUCAUUAGCAACACCAGAAGUAAGAGGUAUAGCAGGUUCAUCAAAUGCAAUCCAAAACCAAGGAAGAAAGAUUGGUGAAAACAAAUUAUUAUCUUCAAAAAAUCGUUAUAAUCCUUAUCAAUCUACAUCUGCCUCAUCAUCAUUAUCAAAAAAAUCAACUAAUCCAUCAAUCGGAAUCGGUAAAUGUUUAACAUGUAAAUCAUCCGUAGCAAGGAACGGUGCAAAGUACUGUCAAAACUGUUCUUUUAAAAAGGGUAUUUGUGGAAUGUGUGGAAAAAUAGUCACUGAUAUAACGUAUUCAAAACAAACUGCAAAAUAACUCAAACAAUUCGUUACAAUUUCUCAAGUUUUUCAAAUCUUAUUUCUAAACCAAACAUUUCAAUUGUCAACCAAAGGAAUAAUUGUAAUCCUACAUAUAUCACACUCUUCUAUUUUUUAUUCCUUAUGGUUUGUUGUUUGUAAACCUUUUGUAAUAUGAAGGAUGCAAUUGAUUUGAUGAUUUAU